GUCGUCUGAAAGCUUUGUUUCUCAUCAACAAAAGUCGUGUAAGCAUGUAAUUUUUAACUGGAACAGUAAUUAUCAAGUAGGAGAUUCUAUAUUGCUUAUUUCUCAGAGUAAAUCAUAAAUAUUUGCCAUGACGAAGCCCACGAAACGUCUUAACAAGCGAACACCGACUACCAACAGGGCCGAUGGUUCAUCAGCGGGCGGUGGGAGGAAUCGCAGCGGGGCAGGUCAGGCGAAGGCUCGCAAGAGUAUUGCGGACAAUAAGUAUGUACGGGUAGCGGCCAUAAUGUUUUUACCCAUCCUGUUUGGUGUAUUCGGGCUCAUUGUUUUCCCUCCAUCUUUUGAUUUAUCAACAAAUAACGUCACCAACCCAUCUAACUCGACACAGAAGGAGCCAAUUAUCCAUGGAAAUAUGCGCAAAAAUGACAAAAUAAGAAGAGACAAAACGAAAAAGGACGUUGAAAAGACACAGUCACAAACAAGGAAAGAUAAAAAAUCAAAGGAAAGGAUCUCAGAGACGGAGAGCUUCAAGCCAGCUAUUCUGGAUUCUCUUAGAAUGCAGGAGAUUAAGGUGGAGGGAAACAUUGUCACUCCUGUUGAACUCACCAAAAACAACCCAGCAUCUCCAGUGAAGGUGUACAAGAUUGAAGGUUUUCUGACAGACCGAGAAUGCAGCGGCUUGAUGCGGGUUCACCAGCAUUACCUCACCAAGACCAGCUCUCAGAAUCCUAUCAUUUGCUUUGACAGCCUGAGCACACUAAGACGACACAUACAGGAUGCAGGGAUGAAAGGUGUUACUGUGUCUUAUAAAGAUUUCACAGAAGGAACGGCCUGCAUAAAUUCCAGUUUCUCCGAGAGGCUUGGUUCAUCCUUGACAUGGUCCCGCAGUACAUCCUUCUACCCGACAGAGAGCAAGUUUUCCACCGUCUUUGAGGAUAGGGUCUUCAAAGCUACAGGGCUCAAACAAACUAAUGGCGGGAAAUUCCAAGUGACCUCCUAUCCAGAAGGAAUAGGAUACAAGACUCACACAGACUGUACUCUGGGUAACCAGGACAAGAGGGACAGGUUUGCCACCAUACUGGUUUAUCUGCAAGAUGUGGAAGAAGGAGGAGAGACAAAGUUCCCUGAGUUGGGAAUCAGCGUAAAACCAAAGAGAGGUCAGGCAAUCGUCUGGAAUAACAUGAACAGCAAUGGAGAGUGUGAACCCAUCUCUGUACACGAGGCAGCCCAGGUCAGGAAAGGACAUAAAUACAUUAUUCAGAGAUGGUACUACUAUCAGAGCUUUGCCUACCUUGGCAGGAGGGCACCUGAGCCAGCCUUGCCUGCCAGAGCACCGGGCCAGCCUAGGGUGAGCUGUGACGAGUACGAGCAUGGAAGCUGCCGAUGGUACGAUGAAUGGAACAAUGACCACCUGACAGAGUACAGAGCCUUGCAGUCUGGGUUAUCCUGAUCUAGUAGCCGAGGUGCUGUAUCCCUCUCCAUAAUGAUAGUAAUGUCCUUUUAUGCAUUUGAGGUUACCAAUGGGAUCCUUUGUGGCCGGCGUGCAUGUGAUUAAUCAUAUGUUUGGCCUAGUGCAUAGAUUUAAUAAUGACCUGCUAUUAGCGGUCAUUAGUAAAAGAAUAAUGACCGAUCACGGUUUGGGACGAGGAUGAAUUGAAAUAGCAAUAGUUACACUCUGCUUGUUCAGGUGAUACAGGAAACAUCUGCAUUCUGGUUCCAUAUUUCAUGAGGCCCGAAAAGCAAAAGGAAUAUGUAAACAGAAUGUAGAUAUUUUCCAUAUUCCGUAUUAAAAGGAGGUGUGACACUUUUGAUCUCCUUAGAGUGUAUCCUUAUAUUAUUGCAGAAUAAAGGACAUCAGUAGAAUAGAACCCAAAACUGCAAAACCCUGCAUUAAUUCAUGACAUCACAAUGAUCACAGUAAAAGGAAUGUGCAUUUUGACAUUGAAAUUAAUUGUGCAGAUAGUAGUACACAGAGCGAUGCUUUAGUACACUAGUCACUUACAUACCAUGUAAUAUGGUCUCAUAUUAUGUGGUUGAAAACAGCUCUGGCAUGCGUGUUACAAUGAAAA